GCAUACGUGGCGGUCCAAGCCCCACCCCACCGCUCGGCCAUUUGCCGGCCACCACGCGUCUGCCGCUCCCUGGACUCGACUCCUCUCGUCUCGGUUGGGGGGAGAAAGAGAGAGAGAGCAGAGAAGACAGGGAGGGGGGAAGAGGCCGUCUGCGAAUUUGAGGAUUUUCCUCUCCCUCUCUCUCUUUUGUUCGUAGCCGUCUGGAUAUGCUACCGCUGGCACCCGGGAGACAGCACGAAUCGGGCGCGGUCGCCGCUACCUGAGCUGGAGGAGGAUGUUUGAUUGCAACGGGGAAUCCCAACAGCAGGUUUAGAUGUGGUGGUUUGAGAAGGGGUAGGAGAUGCUUUCCAUGGAGGUCUGAGCGUGGUUGCGCAGCAGAGCAAGUCAUUUUGACAUCUCUAUGUUUUUUUUUUUUGACGGGGGAGCAGUCAUGGUUUACUACUAGUACUAGUUACGGAUGUAGCCGGUAAGACUGCCUAUUGCUUCGAGGAGUACUGGAAUGCUGCGCCACGUGCUUGAGAGGGGAAAAAGCACAACAAAUAUUUUGUAUGUGUGUAGUGUUGCUGCAAUCUGUCUAUCUGAAAAUGACCCCAUUUUAGCACCAGUUUUCAUACCUACCUGAAAAUGACCCUAUUUCAAGCUCUGUAUGGUUUUCCACCUCUCAUGGUAGCUGAGUCUACACUACCUGACUCCAUUUGUGAGGACAGUGAGAACUUAUUACAAAACAGAGAGCUAGCAAUGGAAGUGAUCAAGAAAAAUUUGCUGAAAGCUCAAGACAGAAUGAAGUACUUUGCUGAUAAGAAGAGAACUGACAGGCAAUUCCAAGUGGGUGACAUGGCCUAUCUCAAGCUUCAACCUUACAGGCACACCUCACUUAGUCUCCACAAACACCUGAAACUCCAUUCCAAAUUUUAUGGUCCCUUCAGAGUGCUGCUAUAAAUUGGGAACACUACAUAUAAAUUGCUCCUUCCAGAAGGGUGUCAACUACAUCAUACCUUCCAUGUCAGGCAGCUCAAUAAGCAUGUCAGCCCUCAUGUCAUACCAACUCGUCACUUGCCUCUAGUGGAUGAGAAUGGACUGAUCAAAAUGGAGCCAGAAAAGGUACUGGAAAGGAAAUUGAUUCCCAGACCACAGGGGAACAUCAGUAUUCCUGUUGUAUGUUUGCUAGUCAAAUGGGCGAACAAGUCGAUCGAAGCAGCAACAUGGGAGGACUCAACAUUUAUAUAAAAGUUUUUUCCCUCCUUUCAGCCUUGAGGACAAGCAUUGUCCCAAUUGGGGGGUAUUCUCAGGUAGGGGAUGGAAUCUGGGCUGAACUCAGGGAGAAUGAAGACCAUAUAACACCUUGCCCCAAGGAUACGAAGGAUAGUAGAUCAAUCUGUGUUCGAGACCAGAAGAAGAAUGAUGAUGAAGCAGCUAGUGUUGUGGGCCUUACUGAAUGUACUUCAGGGGGUCAAACUGAACAUCCUGGUUUGGAAAAGCAGGCUGCCACUGAGGCUAGUGGACAUUAUUCAGCUGCACAACUUGACAUAGAAUCCUGGCCUGACCUGCCUCUCCCGAGCACUGCAUUUGAUAGAAACUACAAUGACUAUAAUAUAGCAUCAACAUAUUUGGAUUUCAAUUCUGCAUCUAGUUUACAAAAAGUUACCAGAAGCGUGUCAGUGCAGCUGGAUGGUGAAUCUGAAGUGUUUGGCAAUGAGAAUGAAGAAAAGAGCAACAACCUUCUCGACUGUGACUGGGGCAAUAUUGGAGAUUUUGAUGAUUUUGACUACUUGUUUAGCAACACUGAAGCCUUAUUUGGAAAUGAGAUGAUUGUUAAUGGCAGUAAUUUCCUUGUUACGAGUUCAGAUGUGGUUGUCGGUACUGUACAAUCAAUCCCCUUUCCGUGUAUACCAUUAAAUAAGCAACCAUCUUCUGAUUGUGGAUCUUCUUCGGUUCUGAUUAAUUGUACUCCCAGUAAAAUAGCCAAACAAGAAAUCAAGGGAGAUGUAAAGAAGAGACAAUUGAAAUCACAAAGAAAACCAGAUGACGGAAGCAAAAGUAAAACAUCCAACAAUACAAGUGGUUUCUCCCAGAACCAAGGACACCAGCAACCAGACAGUUUGCAUUCAUUAUCCGAACCUCCUGUCCAGCAUUUUCAGACUCGUCAAUAUGCACUGCUCCACGAUAGCAAGAAUAUGGAGCAAUUUCAAGAUGCUAUUCAGCUUGCAUUCCCUGGCUAUGGAUAUCCUGCAUAUCCAUGUCCUACCAUUCCGGCGGUGUCAAAUAUUCAGGCUGAAGGCCAUCAGACAAACCCAAAGGCUGCAUGUUACCAAACUUCAGUAGAUCCUCUGAAGCAAUCAAGUUCCACAGAAAAGCCACAAGAUAUGCCAUCAAGGGCACUGAUGAUGACACCCCAGGAAAAGAUUGAAAAGCUUAGGCGCCGACAACAACAACAUGCCCUGAGAGCUAUUCAACAACAGCAGCAGCAAUUUUGUCAAGAGGGUUCGGGCAGGGACACUUUGGUACCUCGAGCAUACUCCCGAAGGAACAAGAACUCAGAUUCAUUAGGGAGUUCAGGUAUCAUAGACGAAAAUGCACUAGAGCAGACUUCAGCUUGUCGUAAAGAGAUUCAUAAGAAUUCUGGAAUUCCUGAUGAUCCCUUUAUAGAGGAAAAAAUAUAUUAUGAGCUUAAAGAUGCCCUUGGGAAGCUGGAUGCCAGGACUCGACUCUGCAUUUGAGACAGUCUGCUUCGAUUGGCUCAUAGUUCCUCACAGAGACAAAUUGCUGGUGACAGAACUAGCAGUAACAAGACUAAAAGAGAUGAAGAUGAAGUUUCAGAAAAUGACGCAUCCAACAGGAGAAAAAGGGACACUUUGGUGUGCUUGAGGCAAAAGGCAAAUAUUCCCCUGAAAGUUGGAAGCUCUAGGUAUUUACUGGUGUAGUUGGAACAUGCAUCGUUGUUGGCUGAUACAAGAAGAUUCAGAAAAGGGACUGCCACGUAAAUAAAUACAACCAUGUCCACAUAUCUCUGGUGAAGGAAGCAGAAACAGACACCAAUCCAGUCGAUCGAAUUGUAGCCCAUUUGCUGUUUCAUAGACCAUGUUCGACGGUUGCAACACUUGCAAAGGAAGAAAUCGCAUCCUCGACUCUGAUGUCACUUGAAGCUGAUUCCAAGAUGCCUGGGGCCACGCCUGGGCGACCAUCAGGAGAUCAACAGACUGCGCAGGAAAUGGCAAUUCAGCCUUCAGUGUAACGGAUGUGUGUUCAGAGUUUACUCAAAUGAUAGUAAAAUAGGAAUUCUGUAUUUGCAUUUUGAUACGCCCGUUUCCCCUGGAUGGUUGGUCUUUCUCCAGAGAGUACGCAGAUGGAGACCAACGUGACAUCCGAAUGGUACCCUACUUUUAUAGAUAGCGGCCGCAGCGUCCCGCAGGUCUUUGUACUGUAUUUUAUAAAGUUAAAUACACUACAGGUGCCUUAACUUGCCCGGCGCGGCCAGUUUGGUGUCUAAACUUGAAAAAUACACAAAAGUGGUGACGUAA